AUGGUGGUCGCUACAAGAUCUCGUGCUAUCAAACCUCAUUCUCCCACUCCAAAGGGUCGGCGCAUUCAGAUAGAACCAACGCCACGCAUCCUGCCUGCCAUUCGAACUACAAGGAGGAAAUCCCCGCCCAAGAUUUCCGCCAGGGCAUGCUCACAUCUCGACGCGCCAAAAGAGCAUGCAUCAAAGAGCAAGCGAGCGAAGUUGCUGCCGUCGGAAUACGAACUGGAUGAGGAUGGCAACGCCAUUGAAAAUCCGUUGACUGGAUGUCCAAAGCUUUCGAAAUAUGGAUGGCGCGUGCUUGCAGAGAGUACUCGUCACGUCGAGAUGGCGCGCCCUGCUCUGCCGGAGCUCGACGGCCGCCUACGACCACGGUACGGAGGUUCGCGCCAACCCAUACUCCACUACGCGACAGGGUGCCAUAUAAGUGAAAUACUGGAAUGGGAACGUCAAAAGAACUACCCAACUCGUUCCUACAAUCCGUACCCUGAUGACAAUGCAAGGCAUCGCUUGUGUGUCUAUCUGAACGGCCGUCGCAUCAACUGCACAAUCGAACGCGUGCUGUCGCCGGACUUCGAAUUUGCCGUCGCGCUGUACUCCAACCACGAUCAGUUUGAGAAGGAACUAGUGAAGGAGGACGAGGAUAGAUGCUUGCGCAUAAUCUGGGAACAGCUGGGCAUACACAAUCGGCGACCGCUAUGGUAUUGGGAUAGUGUUCAAUCUGGCACACACUACAAGUGUACUCUAGACGAAUACAAUGUCCCCAACCUGCACAAUAUUAUGAUAGAGCCAGAAGAUGAGGACUGGGUAUGA